GCGUUUUUUCCCAGGCUAAGUCCUUCUUCCGGCCUGGGCUGCCGUUGCUGCGGAAGCCUCAAAGCCAUUUUUGCGAGUCGAUUGUCACCAUGGCUGCUGAGUCUGAGGUUCUACACUUCCAGUUUGAACAGCAAGGAGAUGUGGUCCUACAGAAAAUGAAUCUCUUGAGACAGCAGAAUUUAUUUUGUGAUGUAUCGAUUUAUAUUAACGAUACUGAGUUCCAGGGGCACAAGGUGAUUUUGGCUGCUUGCUCCACUUUUAUGAGAGAUCAGUUUUUACUCACACAGUCAAAACACAUCAGAAUUACCAUUCUGCAGAGUGCAGAAGUUGGCAGGAAGUUGCUGUUGUCCUGCUAUACUGGAGCACUUGAAGUAAAAAGAAAAGAGCUUUUGAAAUACUUGACUGCUGCCAGUUACCUUCAGAUGGUUCACAUUGUGGAAAAAUGCACAGAAGCUUUGUCAAAGUAUUUGGAAAUUGAUCUUUCUAUGAAAAAUAACCAACACACUGACUUGUGUCAAUCUUCAGAUACAGAUGUUAAGAAUGAAGAAGAAAAUUCUGAUAAAGACUGUGAGAUCAUUGAAAUUUCAGAAGAUAGUCCUGUAAACCUAGAUCCUCCUGUCAAAGAGGAGGAAGGCGAUGCAUUACAAUCUGCUGCAGAGACACUGACAUCAGAGCGAAGGGGAGUGAAGUCACCAGAGCUCUCAACAGUAGAUGGUGGCUUUAAAGAGAAUGAAAUUUGUAUCCUUCAUGUGGAAUCCAUCCAUACAGAUGAUAUAGAAAACGGGCAGUUUCCACAGCCCUGUACCUCAUCCAACGCAGGCAUGUAUUUCCCUGAAACACAACAUUCAGUGAUCAAUUCUACAGUUGAGAACAGAGUGACAGAAGUUCCUGGAAAUACAAAUCAAGGGUUAUUUUCUGAGAAUUCUGACGGAAGUCAUGGUACAAUAAAUGAGAUUCAGAAUCUGGAUGAGAAUUUUUCCUUGAGGCACCAGUGCCCCCGGUGUCCCCGGGGCUUUCUUCAUGUAGAAAACUAUCUGCGCCACCUUAAGAUGCAUAAACUGUUUUUGUGUUUGCAGUGUGGGAAAACAUUUACACAGAAGAAAAAUCUUAACCGGCACAUUCGAGGACACAUGGGUAUACGGCCCUUUCAGUGUACUGUGUGUCUGAAAACCUUUACUGCCAAAAGCACACUUCAGGACCACUUGAACAUACACAGUGGUGACCGGCCAUAUAAAUGUCAUUGUUGUGAUAUGGAUUUCAAACACAAAUCUGCUCUCAAAAAGCACUUAACCUCUGUUCAUGGCAGGAGCAGUGGUGAAAAACUGUCUAGGCCUGAUCUCAAAUGCCAGAAUCUACUGUAAUCAAAUCAGUGACUUUUGAAGUGAAUGGAAUCACUUUGUUAGAUACAUCUGUUUAUAAAAAUGCAGUAUUUGUAGUGUAUCACCCCCUCCCCCCCAAUCUGAAUCAUUGAUUUUUGUUCUUUCAUGUUAUUCAUUCUGAACUUCUAAAAAUUCCAAAGUUGUGAAUGGUGUGAUUAAGUUUAUGAGAUUCUACGUUGUCUUAAAAACACUGUGUUCUGUUCAGCAGUAAUUGCAGAUUCUGAUUUGUAGUUUUUAGAUAAGUGAUUUAAUGUUGAACUAUAUAGAACUUUAAUGAGGUAAGAUGGCAAAUAGAUUUGGAAGCAUAGUGUUGCACAUUGCUAUUAUAGGACUGGCAAUUUUCUUUUUAAAAUUUAACCAGUGUUCUUGAAUUAUAACCAGAACACCAAAAUACUGUCCUAAACUAAAGAAACACAAUUCAGAUUCACAUGGGACCAGUAGAAUGUUCAUAGAAUUGCAUUACUUAAAUGUCCAAAAGAAUAUGUAAUUAGACCCUUUUCCUGAUUAUGUAUAAUAUAAUUAGAUUAAGAACUCUUGCCAAUGCAAGUAUUUUCUUGGCAAAGAUUGGCAAGUUACUUUUCUUAAAUUUCCCUCUUUCAUCGAAGACAUUAUUGUACUGUUAGGGUUUUUUCUUUCAUUUGUUUUGGAUAACAUGCACUAAAAUUGACCUCCUAUGUAGAAUUACAUUUCUAUGAAUUUAAUACGUAUCUUACUGUCUGCAACUGGGACACAGAAUAGUUCCAUCACCUUUCAAAAUUCCCUUUGCUGCUUUUUUUGUAGUUCAACCCUUCUAACUCUAAUUUCUACUAAGACUUCUUCAUCAGUAUAAUUUGUUCUAAUCUGUGGUGAUAUAAAACUGGAACCUUAUAUUCCCUUUAGAUAUUUUUAACUAAACAUAAUGCCGUUGAGCUUGAUUUAUGUCAUUACUUUUUUGUAUCUCUUAUUUUACUUUUGGCAUGAUUUGUGUAGCCCAAAGCUGGCCUCAAAUUUGCCUUGAUUCUUGAGCACUGAGAUUAUGUCUGGGCCAUUUUUUUGUUUU